AAUUUCUUCGGGCUAGAUAGCUAGAGAUCCUUUAAGUUAAGAACGUCCCCAAAAAAAUCCUGCCACUGCUCAAUAUCUCACAACAACCUCGUAAUUAUCCAACCCCAAAUUAAGGAAAACCACACAAAAGAAAGACAAUUAUUUAUUAAUCAGACAGACAUAUUACGAGAUCUAAUUCUGGGAUUAAGGCUGUGUCGAGGAUAUGGAAACUGUGAUGGAAGACGUGAAAGAGUACAACUGGAGAGAGGUGAAGCUUCCCUCUUUGAUCCCCGUGGUUACCGAGCCUGAGCUAGAGAGAGAAACAGGAGAGAGAAGACGAGGCCGAGACAUUCUCAUUGCAGUGGAUCAUGGGCCCAAUAGCAAGCACGCUUUCGAUUGGGCCUUGAUCCACCUCUGCAGGCUCGCCGACACCAUCCACCUCGUUCAUGCCGUUUCCAGUCUGAAGAACGAUGUCGUUUACGAGGCAACCCAGCGGUUAAUGGAGAAGCUUGCUGUUGAGGCUUUUGAAAUAGCCAUGGUUAGAUCUGUAGCACGAAUUGUUGAAGGGGAUGCUGGUAAAUUAAUUUGCAAGGAAGCCGAAAGGGUAAAGCCUGCAGCUGUGGUCAUGGGUACCAGAGGCCGAAGCAUAUUUCAAAGUGUAAUACAGGGAAGUGUGAGCGAGCACUGCUUCCACAAUUGCAAAUCAGCUCCCGUUAUAAUUGUUCCUGUCCAAGGUAACCAAAAAAAAAGAAAGCCAAGUAAUUGAGGUUUGAAUUUCCUUAAAAGGGUUAGAUCAGAUUCUAAUCCCUUUUUUUUUUUUUUUUUUUAA